AUGGUGGUCUUCGGGCAUCUGCUGGAGAAGGCGGUCUGCCACGUCCUAUCCCUGGGCCUCGAGGGCGCCAGCUACAUCCUGUGCAAGGCAGUGCUAGGUUGCCUCACGCUGCUGGUCGCGCCGCAGACCGUCAUCAACGAGGUGGUCUUCGAGAUUAUGCUGGAGGAGGUGUUCUACCGCAUCCUCUCCAUGGGCCUCGUGGGCGCCUCCUUAGUGCAGUGGCGUCUCAGCCUGUGCGAGGCCGUGCUGGAGAGCCUCAUUUUGAUGUUCGCAUCGCUGGACGUGCACUGCCGGCUGCAGGUCAUGCUGGAGGGAGGCUUUAAGCCUCCCUCGAGGGAUGGCCCCACCCUGGGGUGCACGCCGUGUCCUUGGCCGGGGCUGCCGCUGUGCCUGCAGUGCCACGAUGAGUCGACAUCAUUGUGGAUAUUGGCGGCGUGCUCGGACACGGCCCUCUUCAACUGCAACCAGAUCGCGGACCCAGCCUCGUCCCGCACUUUCUGGUCCGCCCUGUCCCGUCAGCGCCGCUGA